CCAUUCAUUACUUAAUUCCCUGGAUUCCCGCUGGGAGCUGGCAGCUGGAACCCUCCACUGCCUUGACCCCCCGACAGUCCAAGGGGCGGGCCGCCCAGUGGCGCAAGCGCAAUGAGGGCCGGUCCUAGGCGGGGACGCGCACGUCCGCGGACGCGUGCGACACAACCAGGGUGCCCGCCCCGCUCGUCCCCCUCGCCUGCCCGUCGGUCCCCGCGGCGGCAGCGGCUGCCCAGUGACAGCGGCGGCGGUGCCAGGCCGGCCGUGGUAGCGUAGGGUUGCACCGCCCGGAAACGCAGAGCCGGCCAAAGAGCCGCGCGACGCGAGGAAGGCCGAGCCUGGGCCGCGCGCUUAGAGACCUUGCGGGCGGGGAGCAAAAGGCCGACGUGAGUGAGCGCGGAGACAGUGGCCGCAGGCGGCCCAACCCGUCCGUCCCCUCAGCCGCCGCCGGCAUGAGCCACAUCCAGAUCCCGCCGGGGCUCACGGAGCUGCUGCAGGGCUACACAGUGGAGGUGCUGCGACAGCAGCCGCCUGACCUCGUCAAAUUCGCGGUGGACUACUUCACCCGCCUGCGCGAGGCCCGUGCCCCUGCCUCAGUCCUGCCCGACGCCACCCCACGCCAGAGUCUGGGCCACACCACGCCAGAACCCGGCCCAGACCACGUCGCCGACGCCAACGGGGACAGCGAGUCGGAGGAGGACGAGGACUUGGAAGUUCCAGUUCCUAGCAGAUUUAAUAGACGAGUAUCAGUCUGUGCUGAGACCUAUAACCCUGAUGAGGAAGAGGAAGAUACAGAUCCAAGGGUGAUUCAUCCUAAAACUGAUGAACAGAGAUGCAGACUUCAGGAAGCUUGCAAAGAUAUUCUCCUUUUCAAAAAUCUUGAUCAGGAACAGCUUUCUCAAGUUCUUGAUGCCAUGUUUGAAAGGAUAGUCAAAGCUGAUGAGCAUGUCAUCGACCAAGGAGAUGAUGGAGACAACUUUUAUGUCAUAGAACGGGGAACUUAUGACAUUUUAGUAACAAAAAAUAAUCAAACCCGCUCUGUUGGUCAAUAUGACAACCGUGGCAGUUUUGGAGAACUAGCUCUGAUGUACAACACCCCGAGAGCUGCUACCAUUGUUGCUACCUCAGAAGGCUCCCUUUGGGGACUGGACCGGGUGACUUUUAGAAGAAUCAUAGUGAAAAAUAAUGCAAAGAAGAGGAAGAUGUUUGAAUCAUUUAUUGAGUCUGUGCCCCUCCUUAAAUCACUGGAGUUGUCAGAACGAAUGAAGAUUGUGGAUGUAAUAGGAGAGAAGAUCUAUAAGGAUGGAGAACGCAUAAUCACUCAGGGUGAAAAGGCUGAUAGCUUUUACAUCAUAGAGUCUGGUGAAGUGAGCAUUUUGAUUAGAAGCAAGACUAAAUCAAACAAGGAUGGUGGAAACCAGGAGGUCGAGAUUACCCGUUGCCAUAAGGGACAGUACUUUGGAGAACUUGCCCUGGUUACCAACAAACCCAGAGCUGCUUCAGCUUAUGCAGUUGGAGAUGUCAAAUGCUUAGUUAUGGAUGUACAAGCAUUUGAGAGGCUUCUGGGGCCCUGCAUGGACAUCAUGAAGAGGAACAUCUCACACUAUGAGGAACAGCUGGUGAAGAUGUUUGGCUCCAGCAUGGAUUUGGGCAACCUCGGGCAGUAGGUGUGCCACACCCCAGAGCCUUCUUAGUGUGACACCAAAACCUUCUGGUCAGCCACAGAACACAUACAGAAAACAGACAUGACAGAACCGUUCCUGCCAUUGCCACCACUGCUACCAUCGCUGUGGUUAUGGGCAUUUAGAAAACUUGAAAGUCAGCACUAAAGGAUGGGCAGAGGUUCAACCCACACCUCCACUUUGCUUCUGAAAGCCCAUUAUUAGACCACUUGUAAAGAUUACUCCAACCCAGUUUUCACAUCUUUGGUUCAGAACGGCAUGUCUCUCCAACAAUUUAAGUGCCUGAUACAAAGUCCAAAGUAUAAACAUGCUCCUUUCCUCUCUUGCUGCUACUCUUGCUUUUGGAAGUUACCACAGGGUCUGCAGAAUCCUGUUGUAUAAGUGUAGACACUCUCUAAUCUUUCUCAAAGGAGGAAAUGUAGCCUUCAGUCUCCUCAUUUGUCCUUUGAGAAAGUCCACAUUUGUUCACAGUUGCAGCCUUUGGUUUUACAGUGGGAAAUGGUGGUGGAUGAGAUGGGCAUAUAUAGCCCAGUGGCAUUGUACUGUCUGCUGACAACUGUCUCCAAACCCACAGUGAUACUUAGGGAAAGACCCUGCUCAGGACCCAGCAUAUCAGCAUCCCAGAGCAGACUGAGGUCAGUGGGACCCAUGUUAGAGCAGAAAAUUUGGGCUCAGCACAUUUUACUGUUAGUAGAGAGCCAGGAAAGGUUUUCUGGGUUGGGGAUUUUUUUUUAGUAGGUUUUGUUUAACCUCUGUGCAGUUUGCAUGAAUGAAUUGCUAUCCAUUUAUAAGGAGCCAGGAUCUGGAGGGUUGCUGUCACUUUGUCCGACCCAAAUACCUUCCUGGGCAACUCCUGCCAUUUGUUUGCAGUUGCCUCUACUGGCUAAUGGCAGUAGGCUGGCAAGAGGUUGUACUCCAAUAAGAGGUUGUACUAUAAAGAGAGCUCUUUGCUUCUACUCCAGAGAGUUAUUGUGUAGCUUUGCUGUUGAACCCGCCAAUUUUUAAUCUCCUUAAAGAAGCAACAGCUACUUUUUUGAAAUUAAAACAAAUUAUUUCUCAGGCCAAGCUCAAUGGCUUAUGCCUAUAAUCCUAGUGCUUUAGGAGGCUGAGGUGGGAGGAUCGCUUAAGACCAGCCUGGGCAACAAGUGAGACCCUAUCUCUACAAAAAAAAAAAAAAAUUUUUUUUAAAUUUGUCAGAUGUGGUGGUGCCUGCACGUAGUCCCAGCUAUUUAGGAGGCUGAGGUGGGGAGGAUCACUUGAGCCCAGGAGGUCGAGGCUACAGUAAGCUGUGAUCCUGCCACUGCACUCCAGUCUGGGUGACACAGUGAGACUCUGUCUCAAGUAAAGGAAAAGAAAAAAUUAUUCUUUAGGUAAUUUAACUUGGACAUAUUCAUAUAUAUGGAGUUUGUCAGCUGAUACAGGCAUUUAUCCUAAAGAUCAAAUCUGUUUUCAAAAAUUGGCAUCAUUUACAAUUUCAUAGAAUUACUGUGAAGGCCUUUCUAGGUAAGAUGUUGGGGUAUUUGGAAUUCUAAUUGUUAACCCCAGAAGAAGGUAAUUUCACUUGUUUUUAUUUAAAACCCAUUUAGCCUUUUCAUUCUCUCAGGUAGAAUUCCAGUGAUCAUCCUAACAAGGCAUAUUUCAGAAUAAUUUUUUUUUCCUUCAGAAUAACUUAGAAUCAGAUACUGUAAGGAUUCCUAGGAGCAGUGUGAAAUUUCCAUAAAGAUAAAUUUGAAUGUUAUAACCAAGUUUAUAUUAAAUCAAGAGGCCCAUUCCAAUAUGACUUUUUUUUUUUUUAACUUGUAUAACUCAGUAAGUCCCUAAGAGAUUACAUGCUAGGGCUUGAGUCAUUCCUGUUGUAGAUAAUGAUGGCCCACAUAGUCACCUUUCAUUGUCCACAUUAGCUAGGCUUUCUGCUUUGCCACGGGCAGUGUAGCCAAGAUAUUUCCAAAGUAAAUAACCCACCACAACCUUGGUAAUUUCUCUUCUUAUGCUUCACAAAGCAAAAGCAUAAGUCUUUUCAGACUGCCCUCUGUAGCCUACAUUGAAGCUUUCAGAAUAGUGAAAGGUUAUAAUUAAUACUCCCAAACAGGCAGCUAGCACUGAGAAAGACCAUAUAGUGAUCCCACAUUUUUCUGAGGUUCUUUUUCUCCAUGGUGUUACUUUAUUAUCAAAUAAAUUCAGAAAGCAAGUCUUGUACUUAGCAGACAAAAACCAUACCAGUUUCUUGCAAAGGUAACAGGUCCAUUGGGUUUCAGGAGUGACGCAGAGGUCCAGCCCUAGAACUUGUGAGGAUUUUGUUUGAACACUGAGCAGAUGCCUCCUCCCUACCACCCAUCACACUAGUUAGGGCUGGCUGUGAAUUCUAUGCCAGUCACUCCUGCAGUCUGCUAGGGAUGGGCCUUCUCAUCCCAUUCUCACACAGUCUCAGUCUAGUCUUUCUCUUCACAGACCCCUCCUUGAUAUCCCUGACUUGAUGGUUUUGGAGUAGAAUUGAUCAGGUUUAAGUCAUCCGGCUCAGGUUGGGCAUGGUGCUCAUGCAUGUAAUCCCAGCACUUUGGGAAGCCAAGGUGGGAGGAUUGCUCGAGCCCAGAAGUUUCAAACCAUCCUGGGCAACAGAGGCAGAACCUGUCUCUUCACACACACACACACACACACAAACAAUUAGCUGGACCUGGUAGUGCAUGCUCAGAAGGCUGAGGUGGAAGGACUGCUUUAACCCAGGAGAUUGAAGCUGUAGUGAGCCAUGAUUGUGCCACUGCACUCCAGCCUGGGGGACAAAGUGGGACUCUGUCUCCAAAAAAAGUCAUCCUCCUCUAACUACUGAUUGACAUACGGAUCAUCAGUUCAGACCUGCACUGCAUAUAGGAUUCCUAGGGGGUUCUAUUUAAUAGCUUGAGGAAGGGAGACUUUAAAAGGACGUGUGUGAGUAAAAUAGGAUAUAGCCAUUACCACAGUGCCAGGACCUGACAGCGUUCCAAUUCUUUUUGCAGCAUGGGGAAUCAAAGGUGGCAGACCAAGUUCAACUCAGGGCUGAGGUAUCCACAUUGUCCACAUCAGGCAAGCCCUGCACUGAUGGUUGAGCCUCAUGGAGAGGAGCAUGUGUUGGGAAGAGAUCCCUUUGUUAACUAUUUUAUGUUGUUCUCUUCAAUGAGUUAGGGCUCAUACCCCAUUUCUGGCUUUGCUAUUGAUUUUGGAUGUUAGAGAAUAUUCCUGAGACCCUCCCUUUUGGCCCCCAGCAUAUCCCACCCACUCUCUUCUCUUGGUUGAAUUCUCUGAAGAAAAGGUACAUGUGCUGUUGUCCUGUUAGUCAAUAGUCUUCAUAUAUAAUUGUGUUACAUAUAUUGCUCUAGACUCUCAGAAAUCAGGGUAGAGCUUUCCUUUUGAACAGUUUAAUGAGUGAAUUCAGCAGCAAAGUGACAAGAAAUGGUUAUCCAGCUAGGAGAGGUUAUGCUUAUCCUCUAAUUGCCCAUUUUCUCUGUGCACAGUAAUAUUGUAUUCAGUGAAAGGUGCUGUUAGCACCUAUGUCACAGUGUACAAGCUUCUCUCAUUUAGAAAAAAGAGCAUUUUACACAGAGGAAAAAGAAAGAAGACUCAUGAAUGUCAUCUUCUAUCUUUUAUUUUCAGUUGACUGAUGUUGGAAUUUUUGUUCUUGUCAUGCACUUGUAAACCAGUCUUGCCAAGAUAUGAGUUGUUUUGGUUUUCACUAUGGUUACCUCUUGUUCCUCCUGUCUUGACUGCUGACGUUCCUCAAUUAUUCUAUUGUCUAUUUUAUGGGAAGCAUCCUUCCCAUAGGUUUCCUUUUACACACUGCAGGGCUAUCUUUAUACUUAAAAAAAAAAUGGACAAGAAGUCACUAACCUCAUGGGGGCUUUCAUAAAACCAUUUAGCCCACCUUGAGUAGGGGGUAGAUUCCAUGUUUUUUUUUUAAGCUCACUGUAAUAAAAGAAAUCUGAUUCAGCAUUAUUGUGCUACCUCAACGGUAAAAAAUGUUUUAAAGUCUUCUUUUGGUCCUGAGUUCUACAUAUAGUGUUUGAAAUGUCUUUCAAUUGGAAUUAUUUUUUAAGUCAUUGGGGUGAAUUUUAUUUUAACCUGUUUUAAACUUGUAUUUUAAUCUCAGAAUAAUAAGUGAUUGAAAAGAGAUCAAUUCUUGCUCUGUGGUGUUAAAAAUAUAAUGAACAGUCAUUAAGAAUUAAGUCUGUUUGCCAUAAAUAAGGUUGAUAUUCUUUUUGUUUUUGUUAAGGAAACUCUAGGGCUUGGCUUUACUCUUGAUUAAUAAAGGCUGACAAAUCAUGUCUGA